GCAACCCUGAAGUGCAAGCACUUGUAUAAAAAGUGUUGUGCUCCGCAUAUUGUCACAGUCGAGCUCAGAUUCGCACAAAAACAGUCAUAAUGGCAGCCAAAUUCUUCGUAGUCCUCUCUCUGGCCGUAGCGGCGACGGCCGUGCCGCUGGUGCCGGUGGCGAAGGUGGCGUACGCGGAGGUGGAGGCGCCCGCGCACUACGAGUUCCAGUACUCGGUGCACGACGAGCACAGCGGAGACAUCAAGCAGCAGCAGGAGGCGCGCGCCGGCGACGCCGUGCACGGCUCCUACUCGCUGCUGCAGCCCGACGGCCUGACGCGCGUCGUCGACUACUCCGCCGAUAAGGAGCACGGCUUCAACGCCGUCGUGCGCUACGAGGGCCACCCCGCGCCCGCGCCCGCGCACCCCGUCAAGCUCGCCUACGCCGCCCCCGUCGCCAAGCUCGCCUACGCCGCCCCCGUCGCCAAGGUCGCCUACUCCGCCCCUGUCGCCUACGCCGCCCCCGUCGCCAAGGUUGCCUACGCCGCCCCUGUAGCCAAGGUCGCCUACUCCGCUCCCGUGGCCUACGCCGCCCCCGUUGCCAAGGUCGCCUACUCCGCCCCUGUCGCCAAGGUUGCCUACGCCGCCCCUGUAGCCAAGGUCGCCUACUCCGCUCCCGUGGCCUACGCCGCCCCCGUUGCCAAGGUCGCCUACUCCGCCCCUGUCUCCUACGCCGCCCCCGUCGCCAAGGUCGCUUACAGCGCCCCCCUUGGCCACGUCACAUUCUCAUCCCCCGCCGUCUCUUACCACCACUAAGUUAUUUUGUUGAUGUUGUUAUUUAUUGAAAUGGAUAGAUGAUAAUAAAUUAUUUUCAAACUGA